UCCUGUCUGUCCCGAGUAUGAGCCUCCAAGGGGGCGGGGAGACAGACAUUCACAGUCCCGAAGAAGAGUUGAGAAUGUGAGAGCCGAGCCGAGCCGAGCCUCCACGCGGAGGACACUUUGCGACCUUAUGCUCGUCUUGUGGCACCCUCGAGGAGCUCACACCUUCGACGAGGAGGGAGCCAGCGAUGUUUAGGCGAGCCAACAAGGUGCUCGGACGUGUGCCGCUCAGCUUCCUCGAGUAGACCGGAGCGACGGUUUGGUUUUUUAUUUUGUAUUUUUCUUGGGUUGGGGGAGUAAAACCUUCCGACGAGGCGGCUCUCGUGCACGGAUGUAGACGCCCUGAGUUGUUUCUGCUGCUUCUGCUUUGGCUGGAAGUUGGUGGGCAUGCAGGUGAAGAAGCAGCGAGGGUCGAACCAGAGCAGCGGGGACAACAUGCCGCAAGUGGACGACCCCCGCAAGAAGUCGUCCUGCUUCUCAAACAUCAAGAUAUUCCUCAUUUCGGAAUGUGCUCUCAUGUUGGCGCAGGGGACCGUCGGAGCGUACCUGGUGAGCGUGCUGACCACGCUGGAGCGGCGCUUCAACCUGCAAAGCGCCGACGUGGGCGUGAUUGCCAGCAGCUUUGAAAUCGGCAACCUGGCGCUCAUCCUCUUCGUCAGCUACUUCGGCGCCAAGGCCCAUCGGCCCCGUCUGAUCGGCUGCGGCGGCAUCAUCAUGGCGCUGGGCGCACUCCUCUCGGCCCUGCCCGAGUUUCUGACCAAACAGUACGAGAUUGGCGACACGUGGAGGACGGACGUGGGGCGUGACGUGUGCUCCAACGCCAGCGGCAAGGACGUCCAGAUGGCUGAGGACGCCGUGUGCGCAAACAGGACCAACACCAACAUGAUGUACCUGCUGCUGAUCGGCGCUCAGGUGCUGCUCGGCAUCGGGACCACGCCGGUGCAGCCCCUGGGCGUGUCCUACAUCGACGACCACGUCAAGAAGAAAGACUCGUCUCUCUACAUAGGAAUCCUCUUUUCUACACUGGUCUUCGGGCCCGCCUGCGGCUUCAUCCUGGGCUCCGUCUGCACCAAAUUCUACGUGGAUGCCAUCUUCAUCGACACAGAAAAGCUGGGCAUCACCCCGGAAGACCCGCGCUGGAUCGGCGCCUGGUGGGCGGGCUUUCUCCUGUGCGGUGUCUUACUCUUCUGCUCGGCACUGCUGAUGUUCGGCUUCCCCCAGUCGCUGCCCACCAAGGAGCGGGACGAGGCCGCCGACGGCGAGCGGGCCAUGCUGGCCUCGGCUCCUCUGUCUCCCGGCGCCGACGUCCCCAAGACCAGCAAUGGUGCCGCCGGCGACAGUCGGCCGUCCGACAGCCCCACCUGCUGCCAGCAACUCCGGGUGAUCCCCAAGGUGACCAAACACCUGCUGUCCAACCCGGUCUUCACCUGCAUCAUCCUGGCCGCCUGCAUGGAAAUCGCCGUGGUGGCCGGCUUUGCCGCCUUUUUGGGCAAAUACUUGGAGCAGCAGUUCAACCUCACCACCACCUCGGCCAACCAGCUGCUAGGUAUGACGGCCAUCCCGUGCGCCUGCCUGGGCAUCUUCAUGGGAGGCCUGCUGGUGAAGAAGCUCAACCUGUCGGCGCUGGGCGCCAUCCGCAUGGCCAUGCUGGUCAACCUGGUCUCCACCGCCUGCUACGUCUCCUUCCUCUUCCUGGGCUGUGACACGGGCGCCGUGGCCGGCGUCACCGUCAUGUACGGCAACAACACGCUGCAGGUGGGCAAGAAGCCAGAAGCGGCGUGCAUCAGUCAGUGCAACUGCUUCACGUCGUCCAUCAGCCCCGUGUGCGGCUCCAACGGAGUCACCUACCUGUCGGCCUGCUUCGCCGGAUGCACGCGCAACCAAGAUCAGAACCUUAGCGGCUGCGCCUGCGUCUCCUCCGACAGCGAGCUGGCCACGGCGGUCGCGGGCAAAUGUCCGACAGCUGGCUGCCAGGAAGCCUUCCUGGUCUUCCUGUGCAUCAUCUGUGUGUGCAGCCUGGUUGGCGCCAUGGCCCAGACGCCCUCCGUCAUCGUCCUCAUCAGGACCGUCACUCCCGAGCUCAAGUCCUACGCGCUUGGCGUCUUGUUCCUUUUGCUGCGACUCUUAGGCUUCAUCCCGCCUCCCCUGAUCUUCGGGGCGGCCAUCGACUCCACGUGCCUGUUCUGGAGCUCGGACUGCGGCGACAAAGGCGCGUGCCUGCUGUACGACAACCUGUCGUAUCGCCGCCUCUACGUGAGCCUGGCCAUCGUCCUGAAGGUGGUGGCCUUCCUCCUGUACGCCACCACCUGGUACUGCCUGCGCCGCAACUACAACACCUACAUCAAGAGCCACGAGGCCAACAUGGCGCCCGGCGACUUCUACCCGUCGCUCUCGGAGGCUCCCAAAGUGGACCGGACGCAGUUCAUAUACAACCUGGGGGACCACGAGUAUUGCGAAAACAUGGAGUCCGUUUUAUAGGCUCGGGCUUUUGGCCGAGGAACUUGAUCGUCCCUUGCCGUAUAUCACGGCCACUGACAUGGUCAUCCUCAGCGGGCAAGGGGUCAUUUUUGCUGGUGUGACUGACGCUCGCUCAGUGGACAGCCAAGCUAAGUUUCAUGGCGAGUUUCCAUGGGAAGAUAAAGUGGGGGAUUUUUGUCGUUCUAUUUAUUUUUCUUUACUGCCGUCAUUCACUGAAAACGUCAGCCGUUUUAUUCUGGCCCCACCUGGUGGCAUUUGACUUGAGCCCGACUGUUGUAAAACCUACCAAAGGUUUGUAAUCGCCACAAAGCUGGUGUUUUGCUGCCCUCUUGUGGCACAUUUAGGCAAUUACAACCCUUUUUUUGUGACUGCCUCUCCAUGAAUGCAGAUCAAUAGAAGUAACUAACUCAAUUUGAAUAAAUCCUCGGUUUAUUCCUGCAAAUUCCCAUGACGAGCUUUCAACGUUAAGAAUUCCUGAAAUCUUGCAAACCUCAUUUGAAAUGUUACAAGAAUAAUGUUGAUUACUUUUUUAAGCUUCAAUGCACUUGCUUUCUACGGACCCGUGCAAUAAAGUUUACAAGUAUAUAUUUGAAAUGUUCAAAGAAUAAAUUUAAACUAUUUCAACAACUAAUUCGAAAUAGUAAUACAAGUUGAAAAAUUUACAAGAAUAAGGUUAAAAUGUUGCUCAGCUAGAUAAAAUAAAAUAUUGCAAGAUUAAAUUUGGAAUUUUCCAAGAAUACUUUUGAAAACUUUUAGAAUAAAUUUGAAAGAUGACUUUUAUGUAAGGUUGUGACUUUUGUCUAGAUUUGUCUUCUGAAAUUGUGGCAAGUGAAAUGCCAAAAUUUUGUCUUGAAAAAUGGCCAUCUAUUUAUUCUGUUGCCCAUGUUACGAAUGCUCAUAACGUCCUCGUCUUUUUCCUAGCAAACUUCCAAUUGUUUUCCGAAUUUUGUCUCGAGGCAAACCCUUUCUGAACGUGUAUCCUGCGCGACCUUUGUGUAUUUGCAGAGAAGACAAAAGUUGUUUUAGCGCACGCAAGCCAACGGGACUUUUUGCUCUUUCUCGUGGCCUCUUGGACCUUUUUGAAAACGUUGCCGUUCUCAUGCUGGAUCCACGUUUGGGGCGGAUGUGCUAAUGUGGGCAAUGUCGACGCGGCUUUGCUUUUACAGCAGUUUAAUCAGCCUAAUUUGUCUUAAUAAGGGAGCAUAUAUAUAUGUGUGUGUAUUAUAUAUAUUAUAUAUAUAAUAUAUAUAUCGUAUCAAUGAGAUUAUGAGUCGAAGGAGUGCAUUAGGAGAUGAAAAGUCAUAUUUUUGUGUGUAUUUGAAAAUGCAAGAGAUAAUAUAUUUAUCUUGAAGGGGCCCAGAACGCUCUGUCAGAUAUUACGACAGCAAAUGGCUGAUUGCGGUGAGAGUAGCAAAUAUGUCGCACAUUAGUUCUGUGCUAGCUAAAAAUCCACAACAGGACCGCGUGCGUGUGCGCGCCCGUGCAAACCAUCCAUUUAUUCCUGGCGUGUGAAGAGUUGCUACUGAUCUCUCUGCAGUUCUAGUUUGGACCUUUUCGUACUCUUUUUCUAUGCCGUUUAUUUUGCUCUGGAAAUAAAAUACUUUUUCAAAGAA